GCGACAGCCCAGAAUAUUGUAGAGGCUACAGGCAUAUGUAUAUCUUCGUCUGUUUUUCAGACAGGUAGCAAAGUGUAUUCUGCUGGAUCAAGAGCACAAUCCGCUGAAAAAAGAAAAUAUUUUAUCUAUAUAUAUAUGUAAAGAAAACAAUACGAGCGCAACAUUUUAUUUUUUUCGUAUUUAAUGUAUCGCAUAGUCACAUCCAGAUGCUUUCAGUUCACCUUGAAUUCGUGUUUAUUCAUUUCGUUCUGUACCAGAUCUCACUGUGUGUUCAUCGAUGAUUGCUAGAUUAAACACAAUUAUAUUCGCUGAAAUCCAAUGUUGAACAAAAAAUCCGACAAAAGUGAAGAGUUCAAUUAUUCGUGCAAUAGAAAUUGUGCUUGAAUUUUUAUGAGACAUUCCAAAUUAUUCAUUUCUGAUAAACUAGGGUAAUAAUAUUAUCAGGGUAACAGUCAAGUUCAUUGUGUUUAGAAGUACCAGAGAAGUGCGAUAAAAAUGCGUCGUGCAUCAUUUACCCCUGCGUUCAAAAUAAGCGUUGAUGAGCCAUUGAUUGUGGUUGAUGAAUCGGAAGAAUUGGAAAAUGAAGGUAAUGAACCAACAUCGCCCAAGUCGAUUGAAGAAGAUGUUGACGAUGACAAAGAUUCACCAGACAAUCCGUACCUAUUAUCACCCUUUCGAGAUCCACGUGACACGCGAAAACACUCGUUACCAAAUAUCCAAUGUACAAGCGGUAUAAUGGCGAGUCAAGUACGUCGGCUUUCAGAUGGUGGUGAAAAUGCACCCACCGCAAGUGAAAUGGCAUUCCUUGCAAAAUUAUCUCAGGCAUCUACUUCGUCUGGUCGACGACAUUCGGUUGUGACAAUAUCUCGUGUUCCGCAAACACUUUUCGGUCGAAACAGGCGUGAAUCAUUCGCUGCCAUCGCUUCGUCAGGUGAAAAUGAUGCACUCAAUGCAAGAUUGGCCAAACACAGAGGCAGCGUUCAUAAUCUUCAACUAGAUAUAAUGGAUGGAAUUGUUCAGGUCGGAAAGAUUUGAGACGAAUCACAUAAUAGCAAACACAACCAACCAAAUGAUGAAUGAAAAUAAUUUAACGCAUUUCGAAAGAAUAGCAUAAAAUGCAAUAAUGGAAACUGAAUUCGUUAAAAUGCCAACAAAUCUAAUUAAAAACAUGAAGAGUUUUGAAAGUUUUACGGAAAUUAAAAACACAUACACAUAUAUAUGUACAAUCCAGGUUGCCGGGAGUGCAAGUAUGGUUCAAUUUGUUUUUUUUUCACAUCCUAAUCAUAUAGUAUUUGUUAGAAUUGCAGUGUCAGUGUCAGUGUCAGUGUGAAGGUUUUUAUCUUAGUGCAUUCAACCGGAUAGCAUUAUGUACGUAAAUAAACAAACGAAGUAAUAACAAUCCACAUCCUUACCUCUUUAAAACGAUUCAACUGCUCCAUUAUUUAUGACUUAAAUGCAUGCAUCCUUUCAUAUUUUCCUGGGGAAAUGUUUUACUAUGCACCUUUAUGAUUGAAGAAAGAGAAAUGACAGAGAGAACGAAACAAAUCUGUACACAUGCUGAACAAAACUUCUUCACUAUUAACCUUUGAAAUAUUGAUGUGAUGUGAUGUGAUGUGGUAAAAGAGUAGAUUUUUUUUGGUGUUUGACUUAGUCACAUCAUAAAAUAAUAUUUGUUUAGGAAAAAAAGACACGUACUAGUAAGUGGAGUACGAACAAAAAAUAACAUAUAUUUACAAUUUCUUCUUAACAAUCAUUUUACAAUCAAUUUUAAAAGCAAAUUCAGAAAAAAAUGAACAAAAAAAAAUUGAAUGUGUCUUAGCGUAAGAUAAUGAAUACUGAUAGAGAGAGAUGAAAAAAAUCGUAGAUAAACUAAACAUUAAGAUGCAGAUUGAGAACAAUAAUAUUUGCUGUAAUUGUGCCCUACAAAAUAAUUUUUGCCUUCGUCCAAUCAAUCAGUGCCCCAAAAACCAAACACAUACACAAAACUACAAAAGCAAUUCAACUGGUCUUGUGUCGCAAUAGACGUGGUUAUAUAUAUAUAGAUAUUCAUUUUCAUACACACAAUUCAAAAUUCAAUCAACAAGUGCGAGAGGAAAACUUAGUAACAAUGUGACGCUCGACUACUUGGUUAACUUUUGAAUGUUUUAGUUUACAAUGAAUUUAUUUUGAAAUGAAUAAAAAUGAAAACAAACAAACUAAUAAAAGAAAAUAAACAAAAACACAGAGCUUGAAUGGAGAACACACGGAUAGAGAGGGAGAGAGAGAGAAAAGAGAAAAUUCGAAUAAAGCACAACUCGAGCGGGCCUUGAGUUGUGCUUUGACGACCGAUUUGUGAGCGGUUCAAAAGUGGAAAGAAAACUAUGAAAAAGUUCUAGUCUAGCAAAGGUGAAAACGUGUGCUAUCAAUAUAGAUUAGUGGCAUGCCACUAGAUUCUUAGAACUAUUUUAAAUGAAACUGAAACUUUAUAGCAAUUAAGGUUUAAAAUGCGUUAACAAAUGAACACUUGAGAGAGAGGAGAAAGCGUACCAAACCAAAAUCACAGUGAUUAAUACAAAUUAAGUGAGUUACUUCAGUAAGUUUGCAAUAAAUUUGACUACGUGUCACAAAUACAACAACAUUACAAUGGCAAUCAUAAACAAAUUAUUCAUCAAACGAUAUUCUGAUAUUUUGAGGUAUAAUCAUUCGUUGAAUUGACAUAUUUGAUUGCAUCAAUAUCACCCACAAUGGAUAUUAUUAUUAUUUAUUUUGUUGACAAAAAGAAACAUACACAAUAGUCGCGACGGUAAAAAUAUAUUUAUUUAUUUAACUCACUUGCCUCCAUUGCCUCCUUUUUUCACGCGACAAAUCUUUAUUGUCAUGAUUCAGAGAUUGUUAAAGUAUGUGGUAUCAAUCAAACGAUUGCGCCAUUUUCCGUUUUUAAAUUCCAUAAUUUAGUACAUUUACGUUUCGUUUUACAACAUCACGGAAACUACAAACAAAGAGAGAAUUUUCGGUUCGCAUAAAUAUGCUCAUAAGAAUGGAUAGAUGGAUGGAUGUGAACAUUUUAUAAAAUAUGCAGCAUAUCAAUGUACGUGUUGAAAAUACAAUACAGUCAAGAUGUUUACGAUGAAAAAAACAAGCAUAUGUUGACAUUAUUUUGUAUGCACACUCACACCUUAAUUAUUUAACAUUUUAACUGUAUUAUUUUGUCAACGCGUCGAGGAAGAUUAAUCGUUACAUAUUUUAUCAUUCUUCUGUUCUAUAAAGAUAUAUAUAAAAUGGUGUUAAAAUGCAACGUAUUUAUUUUUAUUGUCAAAAUUUCACCUUGAAACGGAUUCCCAUUAAAAUUUCAACCGAAUUUCGUUUUGUAAUUUUUACAUUUCACAGAAGCGACAAUGAUUUGACGUUUUAAGCGAUUUUACAUUUAAAAGAUAGAUUUGCACAUCCGCGACUAUAAUCUCUUUUCAAUGUAAAUUGCGCCAGACUAUACAUUUUGAAUAAAAAAUUCAUCGCACAGUUUGUAACGGCCAAUAUAUUGGCAAGUGCUCAGAAAAUGUGAAUAACGUAAUCCAGUUUACAGUCGAACUGCCAAAUAUCUAAAUUUAAAUAGAAAAGUUUAAUUUUGUAAUGCUUCUGAUAGAGGACGUGACAAAGUAUGACAAGAACAUGAUAAAGAAGAAAAUAUCACCAUUAGUUUCGAAUUAACUGAUUACUUAAACAUAGACGCUUGCCAAUGUUGAUUUUGGCAAAAACAAAAAAUACGUUGCAUUAUGCGAUACCGAGAAACUGGCUACAAAAAAAUGAAAUCGCUUUCAAUAUGAUUAAACUUUUUUCGGAUCGAAUAAAAAAAGGCAAUUAGUUAAAAAAUGUUUAGUUCAUUUUUUUAUUCGAUUUUCGUUUUUUUCUCUGAAUAAAAGUUUGCGUUUAAUGAAAUGUAAUGGGAAAGAAACAUACCUCAUGUAUUUUUUUUUCUGUAAUUCUGUGUUGUAGUCUAAAAAAAGCUCAUGAUUUUACAUUUAAAUUGAAAAUGGAUAAUCAGAUUAGAAUUCAGCUCACGUCAGAGUUUAUUCAGGUUUUGGUGAAAAAUCAUGUGAACAAAAAAAUAAAUAUAAGAAAAUGUCUUAUAAAUUACUAAUUUAAAUCCAUAUUAGUGUUGUGAUUUUGAAAUAUUUUACAAUUUAUCGUUAGUAUAAAAGAGAAUUUAAAUGAACAACUGUUAUUAAUAUAUAUAUUUACUCAUAGAACAUUUAAAUAAAAAAAAAACAGAGACAUUCAAUGUCUCAAAGCAUGGAAUUGAAUUAAAGUAUCUAAACACAUAAAAAUAAUAAAGGGACAAAAGCCAUAUUUAUAUGAUCACAAAUGUGAGAGUGGCAUAUGCUCAGAGCCAAAGAUGAAAUAUAUAUUAUACAAUAUUUAACUCACUUAACAAAUACAACUAAUAGUUCUAUUCAUUUUUGAAAGUAAAAAUUUCGGUUCAUUUGUUAUUACAAAUCAAUAAACACAACAAUGAUAACUAACCGAUUCAACAGAUUAAUUAUAUUAUCAUCGAUUAUUACUAUCACUUAGUGGCCCCCUAUGGAACAAAAAGAAAAAAAAACUGUAAACGAAUUAAUCAUUGGAAGAACCUAUUAUCUCAUUGAUCGGGUGUUUUUUUUCGUCAAUUUUCUUUAUAUAUAUUCAAAUAUAUUUCGAUCAUGUGAAUAAUUAUA